GCUCUGCUGCUGCCUGGAGGAACGGGGACAUCCUGCGAGUGCCCAUUUGGAAUAUAGACUUGUGUAGCACUUUACGCGUCGUGCCGCGCUCCAGGCACGUUUACAGUUCACUGUCUGAUGUUCGUGGAUCUGUUAUAAUGUCACUGAAGACAGACGGACUUUAUGGUGUUUUGGUUUGCGUUUUGCUCACUCUUCUGCCUCAAGGUUCAUUCUGUCAGCUGGAGCUAACUGCGGCUGGGCCUAUACAGAACAGUGCUUUAGUGGGGGACACUGUGAUUCUGGCUGUGUCCUACAGCGGAGCCACUAACCCAGCCAUCAUCUGGAGGAAAGGCCCUGACCCUGUGGUCACCUGGACCAUAAACUCCAACACUCCUCCAGACAUACCUCCCAGCAUGUCCAAUGUGCUGCGGGUCAACACCAACGGCUCGCUUAUGUUUGUGAACUUGACACUGGACUACACCAGCAGCUACAGUUUGGAAAUGACUAAGUCUGGACUGGGCACAGCCACACUAAACUUCACCCUCACUGUCUAUGAGAUGUUUGAGAAUGUGACUCUGAGCUCGCAACCGGACUUAGCUGUGGAGGGAUCUGAUCACUUCACCCUGCAGUAUGUCAUGGCCCGGGGUGUUGUCCAGGAGGCCACGUGGCUGUUUAAAGGAACAAAUAUCCAGUCCAACUCCCAUUACUCUGUGGGGCCGAGGAGCCUGGUGAUCCAAACUCCCAACAGAAUGGACACGGGGUUGUACACACUCACACUGAGGAACCCCUACAGCAGCGUGACAGUGCACAGAACUGUCACUGUUUUGUAUGGACCAGAUGACCCUGUACUUACGUUGACCCCAGCCAAGCAGUUUUAUGUGUCCGGUACUUCCCUUCGUCUCUCGUGUAAAGCUGUUGGAUUACCGCCUCCCACUGUUAAAUGGAUGUUUGCUGCUGUAAUUUUAAAUGACACCAAGGAAGGAGUUUUGAAUCUGACUGAUGUACAGACAAGCCAAGAUGGAGACUACACCUGUACAGUGGUCAAUGCACAAACAAAUGCAAUGCGGCAAAAAAACGUGACAGUUAAAGUAUAUGAAAAGCCAAAGGGGAGUCCAGUGUGCUCUGUGAGGUCCCUGGCUGACGUGGAGCUGCAGUAUGAGUGUGCAUGGCCAGGAGGAACCCCAGAGGCCGUAGUGUCUUUCCCUGGACUGAACAACAGCAGCAGUGCCCCUGGACACCUCAUCCUCAACAUGAGCGCAGCAGACAGCCUCAGUGGGACCCCAGUCUCCUGUACAGCAUCCCACCCAGUGCAACCGGGCAUGUGCAACAUCACCGCAAGCCCCCCGGUGCCCUUCUUGCCCUCUCUGGAAUUUGGAGUGAACUCAGAGGGUAAGAUCCGGGUCACCAUAAGCUGUCUGAGCGCUGCGGUGCCGACGUCCGUGGUGUCUUGGCUCAGAGGCACAGAGGCAGUGAAUACCGGAUCAGUGCAUAGCAUCAGCCCUACUCAGCUCACCAUCCAGGACUAUAACAUCAGCACCUUCCUCCUCCACAAUUACACCUGCUUCUGCCGCAACCCCCUGGGAGUCCAGCAACGCCAAAUACAGCUACUGGCACCCACCAUCUCCGAUUCCAGUCUGCUCACCAACCAGGAGGGCACAGUCGUCACGCUGACCUGGGAAGUCCCGCCAACUUCUGUUGUUACAGGGUUCGACAUUCAAAUGCAGGGGCCAGAUCUCAUGCCUUCAAACCAAAAUGUCGGUCGGUCAAAUUCAUUCCGCACCAUUCAGCAGAAGCCUGGCUCUGCUCGAUCAACGGACAUACUAACCCUAGACCCUGAGAAGAGGUACAAGUUUAGAAUCAUCCCCAAAGCCCGCCUCACAGAAGGAGAGCCAUCCACAGUACUACGAAUCGGCCCUGCUGAAGGGUUGAGUGGGUCGGCCAUCGCUGGGAUAGCAGCAGGUAUUCCAGCAGGGAUCAUUCUGCUACUGAUACUGAUCGGACUCAUCUACCUUCUGAUCUACCGAAACGAUGACAGCGAGCAGGCCAGGUAUCCAGUGACAACAGACAAGGGUGUGAAGACCAAAGCAGAACUGGCCUCUAAUAACAUCCGAAUGGCUGCAGGUCUAAAUAAUUAUAACCCAGAUUACAACCGCUUACGCAAGGCCCCUUCUGAACACUCCGGGAGUCUGCCCAUGUUUGUGCCACCGCCUCCUGUCAGAGUUGCUACCACUGUAUAAAGCAAUAUUGUAUGUAAAUACUCUU